AUGAAACUAGCACGAGGGAAUCCAGGGCACGUUUGUCCAGUGGACCAGGAGCUCCUGUAUAGCACCAAGGUGUUCAUUGACAACUGCUGUCGAAAGGAGGUGAUGGGACUGUGGGUUUACUGCAGGAACCACAAAGUUGGCUGCAAAGUACAGAUACCGCUGGGCGCCCUGGAGGGCCAUCUGAAGACCUGUUCCUUCCAGCGAGUCCCAUGCUCGCGGCCUGGCUGCUCCGAACUACUUCUGCAGCAGGACCUGAGGGACCAUUUAAACCUCAACUGUCGACAGCGGGAAGUGAAGUGUGAAUACUGCCAGAUUGAAACUACUGUGGCUGAGCUAAAGAAACAUGAAACCAGUGAGUGUCUGUCAUCUCUGAUCACCUGUCCGAAAUACUGUGGGAAACAACUCCAUCGAGCUGAGGUAGGCUGUUAGCAAACUGGGUGG